AUGAAGUUCACCCUGGGCCUGGGGUCGCGGGCGUGGAGAGUGUCCUGGGAGCGGGCAACAGCGGAGGGGGCAGGCCCUGGGGCGGGCGGUGGCGCGCUCCGCGGCGGCGCACUGCGCGUCUCCAACCCGCGGCCCGGCCGCCGCGGAUCUAGGCUCGCGCACGCCCUCCCUCUAUGCCUCUCCGGUGGUGGCGGCGCCCGAGCUCUCCCGGACUGCUCCGGGCCCAGCCCCCGCCGCCCCGGCGCCAGGCGACUGGUUGGCUCACGCGCUAUGGAGCAGACGUACGGCGAAGUGAACCAGUUGGGCGGCGUGUUCGUCAAUGGCCGCCCCCUGCCCAACGCCAUUCGCUUGCGCAUUGUGGAAUUGGCACAGCUGGGCAUCCGACCCUGUGACAUCAGUCGGCAGCUCCGCGUCUCUCACGGUUGCGUGAGCAAGAUUCUGGCGCGCUACAAUGAGACGGGCUCCAUUCUACCGGGGGCCAUCGGGGGCAGCAAACCUCGCGUUACCACCCCCAACGUAGUAAAGCAUAUCCGGGACUACAAGCAGGGUGAUCCCGGCAUCUUUGCCUGGGAGAUCCGCGACAGACUGCUGGCCGACGGCGUCUGCGACAAGUACAAUGUACCCUCGGUGAGCUCCAUCAGUCGCAUCCUGCGCAACAAGAUUGGCAGCCUAGCGCAACCCGGCCCGUACGAGACAAGUAAGCAGCCGCCGCCGCAGCCUGCGCUGCCUUAUAACCACAUCUACCAGUAUCCCUACCCAAGCCCGGUGUCGCCCACCGGUGCUAAGAUGGGCAGUCAUCCCGGGGUGCCGGGCUCUGCGGGCCACGUCAGCAUCCCACGUUCAUGGCCUUCGGCACAUUCGGUCAGCAACAUCCUCGGCAUCCGGACAUUUAUGGAGCAAACAGGGGCCCUGACCGGUAGUGAAGGCUCCGCCUAUUCCCCCAAGAUGGAAGAGUGGGCCAGCGUGAACCGCACGGGCUUUCCUGCCACCCCAGCAGUAAAUGGGCUGGAGAAACCUGCCUUGGAAGCGGACAUUAAAUACACUCAGUCGGCCUCCGGCAUCUCAGCAGUAAGCGGCUUCCUCCCGGCCUGCGCUUACCCUGCCUCCAACCAACACAGCGUGUAUAGCGCGCCAGGCGGCGGGUACCUUGCUCCCGGUCCGCCUUGGCCACCGGCGCAGGGACCCCCGCUGGCGCCCACCGGGGCCGGCGUCACAGUACAUGGCGGGGAGCUUGCCGCAGCAAUGACCUUCAAGCAUCCUAGUCGAGAAGGUGAGGGGCACAGCCUUCCAGCCCGGGCGGCAAGGCCCCAGACGCCCUCAGUAGCUUACACGGACUUCCUAUCCCGGCCUCGACCUCCUAGGGGCAGCUCUUCCUCGAGCCCCAGCCAGAGCCUGAGGAAACUGCGGACGGGCGGGCGGCCCGGGGCGCUCCGCUCCGCAGCGGUGGCGAGCCGCGCGGAGAGACCCUAGGACACGCAGAGGAGGAAGCCGACCCCGGCCGGCGGGGACACAUUUGGUCACCCCCUGGCCACGUCCUGCCUCUAGCCUGGCCCGCACACUUCCUUUAUGGGCCGGAAUAUUUUGGCUUUUCUGAACUUUGGCUUUAGACUGUUGCAUCCUUGUCGAGAUUCUUGCUUCGACGUGGUGUCCCUUGCCCUGUCAGACUCAAAUUUCCUUUUCUUUUUUGUCCUCCUUUUCUGCUCUUCCUCCCAUCUUCCUCCCUCUUCUUUCUCUCUCUCCCUCCUCCCUCUUUUCUUUGUUUCCUUUUCUCGUCUUCCAUCUCAUCCUACUUUAUCUUUCCCUCCCUCCCUUUCUUCACUUUGCCCUCUCCCCCACCUCUUUCCUUCUUUAUUCUCUCCUCCUCCCCUUUCUCUACUGUCUAUUGGUCCACGCUUUUCUCUUUCUGUUUUUCCUCUUUUAUCUUUGGGGGCUUUCUUUCCUUUCAUCUGUACAGCUUCCCUCAACCCCCACCUUUCCCAAUCUGGAAAGCCCCAGACCAGUGUUGUGACAGUUCCUUCUCUGAAACCCCCAACCCUUUGGGUCCCUCAGGUCUAAGGGAUCCUGGAACCUAGGAAGUGGGCAGAGAAGCCACAGCCUUUUUUAAUUUUUUAUUUUGGUAGUGCUGGGUAUGGAAUUCAGGAUCUGGUACCUGCUAGACAAGACUUACAUCACUGAACUACAUUCCCCAGUCCUGCCAUAGUUUCAUUUUAUGUUUUUUAAUAACAAACCAGAACACAGCCUUGAUGUUCAAACUGUCUUCUUUCCCCAAUAUAUUGGUGGAAGUCUGUAUUUUCUCAGUGCUCAGUGGCUGGGCUUCUCUUUGCUUCUGAGAUGAUGUCAUUCCAAAGAAGAUUGGGGUAAGAGUAAAGGACAGAGUAAGGGACACUGGGGCUAUUGGUGUUUUCAGUAAUUAGAAAACUGGGUAUCCUGGAGGAGGCUCCUCCUACCCCUUCACUCCCAACACUUGGGUAACUGACAAAUGGUAAAGGCAUUGGCAUUGAUUUUGGUGUUUGGGGACCAAAAUGAUUGUUAAUUUAAACCACA